GUGACGUCGCAAGCAUCCCGGAAGAGAGGCACAGAAAAGUGAACAUCGUUUGGACAACGUGAGUUUACAGAGCUGUGAGAUCUUCUUCCACACAGUCGUUUAGUCAAACAAAGUCACCACCAGUCUGAAAGUAAUAACAGGCUCCAACACAACACGGAUAAUACCACAAUAAAAGAGCAUUCAUCAUGGCUUUGAAUAAAUCCAUGCACCCCCGGAACCGCUACAAAGACAAACCUCCGGACUUCGCUUACCUGGCGUCCAAAUACCCAGACUUCCAGCAGCACGUGCACACCAGCCUGGCAGGCAGACCUGUUGUGAACUUCAAAGAGCCGGAGGCGGUGCGAGCGCUGACCUGCACCCUGCUGAAGGAGGACUUUGGUUUGUCCAUCGAGAUUCCUCUGGAGCGCCUCAUCCCCACCGUGCCCCUCCGCCUCAACUACAUCCACUGGGUGGAGGACCUCAUCGACGGCCAGAAGCAGCCGCGCAGAGGCAUCGACAUCGGCACUGGUGCGUCCUGUAUCUACCCCUUACUGGGAGCCACCAUGAACGGCUGGUACUUUCUGGCCACGGAGGUGGACGACAUCUGCUUUGACUACGCUAUGAAAAAUGUGGAGCAGAACAGCCUGUCUGACCUCAUUAAAGUGGUCAAAGUCCCUCAGAAGACUUUACUGAUGGACGCCUUGAAAGAAGAGACAGAAAUAGUGUACGACUUCUGCAUGUGCAACCCUCCUUUUUUUGCCAAUCAGCUUGAAGCAAAGGGGGUAAACUCCAGGAACUCACGGCGACCUCCUCCCAGUUCAGUGAACACAGGCGGGGUGACGGAGAUCAUGGCGGAGGGCGGGGAACUGGAGUUUGUCAAGAGGAUCAUUCAUGACAGCCUGCAGCUAAAGAAACGCUUGCGGUGGUACAGCUGCAUGUUGGGGAAGAAAUGUAGCUUGGCACCUUUGAAAGAAGAGCUGAGGAAACAAGGGGUACCCAAAGUAACACACACAGAGUUCUGCCAGGGCCGGACGAUGCGAUGGGCGCUGGCCUGGAGCUUCUAUGAUGAUGUGAUUGUUCCGUCUCCUCCCAGUAAGAAGCGUAAACUGGAGAAGGCGAAGAAGCCACUUUCCUUCGUACUGCCUAAGGCGGGAUUGAAGGAGCUGCAGGCCAAAGCCAAGGCUUUAGGUGGCGCUGCCCGCGGCCCGGUGGACAGCAUCGGUGCUCUGCUGGAGAAAACACUCUCUGACCUGAGGGUGAUACACAAACGAGUCCCAUGCAGUAAGCAGGAGCAGAGUCUCCUCCUCACAGCUGUGGAGAACACCUGGAUCCACUCACGAGAGAAGAGACGUGAGGGCUCGCGUCAGCUGCGAGAGCUUCCCCGUGCUCCUCAAUGCGCUGCAACCAGCUCUGCAACCGGCUCUGCAACCAGCUCUCAGACCCCUCUGACCACAGCUGCUCCUGCAACAAACCCCGUAUUUCAAAAUCAGUCCUCUAAAAACAGCACCACCCAGGGGGAAGGUGCUCAAAACAAAGCUGGGUCUGCACAGGAGCCAGAGAGGGUAGAGAAUGGCUCCUCUUUAAAGGAGACAAGUCAAGAUGUGAAGCUCAAUCCAACUGCAGAACAGAAAGACGUGUUGGAGGAUGUAUCAGGUGAAGACAUGGAGUUGUCUACCUGCUCAGAGACGGGGCAGGAAGCAGGCCCACAGGAAGCACCGGUCCCAGCGCAGGAACUGCCCUCUAAGCGACCCAAGAGCCCCGCCGCCCCCGAACACUUCCUGUUUAAAUGUCUGCUGAACGUGAUGAUGGAGGAGUGCGACGUGGUGAUCGAGAUGCACUGGGUCGAGGGUCAGAGCAGAGACCUGAUGAACCAACUGUGCACAUACCUGAAGAACACCCUUUUAAGGUGUAUUGCGAAACCGUAAAUGAGCAGAAAUAUAUUUUAAUUGGAUUAUUGAAUUCCUUUGGUUUGUUCCAAAGAUAAUCCACAUUAUCUUAUGCUUUGUACUAGGUCAGUUUAUCUUGUAAGACAAACUGUAUAUUGGUGUUUUGAGUUAUAAUAUGUCUAAACAUUUGCAAUAAAUGUGACUUUUUUUUAAA